CCAUUGAGGGAGACGAAACGACGACGAAGAUUCGACAUUCUUACGAGUUACGAAGGCGGAAGAGCGGUCCAGUCGUUUAAGGUUUUUUUUUUUUUUGGGCUUCAACUCGUCAAAUCCAUGGCGACAGCAGAAUCCUUCAGAAAGUACAAGGAAGGUCAGGAACAAGUAACGGAGCGUCGUCCUAUUAUGCAGUGAGCCGAAGUGCUCACAUCAGGAACAAACCAAAAGCAGGGUAAGCUAAAAAAGGGAAAGAAGUUGUGGAAAAUGGCUUCUUCUACCAACAAUGAAGAGGCCUAUAAGGAGAUGAAGGAUAGGGAGAUUGACACAGAAAAGGAAAGGAACGGAAAACAAACCCAAGAUGAGAAUUUGGAGGUAUCUGAGAAAGAGGGCACACCCUUGAAUCUGACUCAAAAAUCACCAACCAAUGGACACUUCAAUGAAGCUGUGCAAAUAAAAGAGAGGCAUCCUGCAGUGCGUCCAAAACAAAAGAAGAGAGAGAGGAUAAAAAAGAAUAAGUCUACUGCACCAAAAACCGAUAGUUCACUUUCACCUCAAGAGAAUGAUGCUCUAUGCAGCAGGGAUCUAACUAAUACUAAGCAUCUUGAGAAAGAGCAGAAACUGCAUAUAAAAACUGAUCUACUUCCAGAGGAGCUUACCAUUUUGACAGACACUGCUGAUACAAAUUCAGGAAAGUACAACAAGCCUGAUGAGAGUCAGAAAAGACUUAAAACCUACAAGAGGAGAAAAACAUUUCGAACCUAUCGGAGGAAGAACAAAAUGCUGUUUGCUUCCUUACUCAAUUACAUGGAGCAAGCCAUGGAGAAGAGUCCUAACAGCACAAUACAUGGUAUACAAAACAGUUCAGUAGGAGAACUCUCUUCCAAUGAACUAGACAAUACAUGCAUGGAAGAGAAUGAAGAGGCUGUAAAUGAAUUGGAUAAGGCAAUGGAAACAUAUCACAUCUUCAAUGAGGAAAAAUUAGAGGCAUCAACAACUGAAUGCACUAUGGAACAAACAAUUCCUUCUUCAUCUAAUGUUGAUGUUGUAGAACAUCUCGUUCUGGUUGAUGGUACCAACACAGAAGAAAGUUCUAUGGAGAUAUUGCCUUCAAAAAGAGUACCAAUUAGUCAUGUUAAGAGAAAACUUCUUAUUCUUGAUCUAAAUGGAUUACUUGCUGAUAUUGUUAAUUUUGUUCCAGAUGGAUAUAAACCCGACAAGAAAGUCUCUAGAAAAGCACUUUUUAAAAGGCCCUUCUGUGAUGAUUUCCUGGAGUUCUGUUUUGGCGGAUUUGAUGUGGCCGUUUGGUCAUCAAGAAUAAAGAAAAAUGUGGAUACUGUAGUUGAUUUUCUGAUGGGAGAAAUGAAACAUAGACUACUAUUUUGUUGGGACCAAUCCCACUGCACUGAAACGGGUUUCAAUACUAUAGAGAACAAGCACAAACCUUUGGUCUUAAAGGAGCUAAGGAAACUCUGGGAUAAAUAUGAUCCCCAUCUUCCUUGGGAAAAGGGAGAAUACAAUGAGUCAAACACUUUGUUGCUGGAUGAUUCUCCUUAUAAAGCCUUGCGUAAUCCUCCAUACACAGCAAUCUUCCCUAAUACAUACAGGUUUCAGGAUACAGAAGAUAAUUCAUUAGGCCCGGGAGGUGAUCUUCGAGUUUAUCUGGAAGGAUUAGCCAUGGCUGAAGAUGUUCAACAAUAUGUGAAGCACCAUCCAUUUGGUCAAUGUCCCAUCACAAACACAAAUUCAUAUUGGCCCUUCUACCUUGAGAUUAUGGGCGCCGCACCACAACAUGUGAUAUACCAAUAUCAACCUGAUGACAAUAGUUCUUUUCUCUCGAUUCCCUCAUCUUCAGUGUCUUACAGGCCUGUGGCUGUGGAGGAUGAGUUUGGAUUUCAUCACCAAGGGAAGAACAAAUCUGUUGUAUGUAUAGAGUGGGCAGCUCUUGAUUCUUGCAUCCCAACCACCUGCUAUUGGUAAGGUAGUCUGGAUAGUGAGUUCCUUGGGAGAUAAACUGAGGCUAAUACCAUACCAUAAUUUAUGGAGCAAUUAAGAAGCUUCUCCGCUUGUAACAGCAAUUUUGGUUUAUGAUGAACUAGUAGCUUUUAUAUAUUGGAAAUGUAUGAUUUGUUAUUUUCUAGGCCCCA